AUGGCGGCGGCGGAUGGCGAGGUGAGGCGGGACAUGUGGGGGCAGGAGUACCGGACGUCCUCCGCCGACUGCGCGGCGGCGCUCGACGCCUACUACGCCGCCUUCAUGUCCUUCGGCCGCGGCCGCGUGGCGGCCGUCAUCCGCGCCGCCGCGGCCGACCCGACCUGCGCCCUCGCCUCCGCGCACGCCGCGAACGCCGUCGCCCCCAGGGACCCCGCGGGGGCCGCCGCCUUCCUCGCCGCCGCCAAGGACAACCUCGGGAAAGCGACGGAGUACGAGAGGGCCGUUUUCGGGACUCUCUCCGCGCUGGUGGGCGAGGGGUGGGACGUGGAGGUGGCCAUCGAGCGGCACUUCGAGCUUCUCAAGCAAUUCCCCAGGGAUAUCCUGUCUCUCAAGAGAGCACAGCUCAUCUGCUUCUAUUUGGGAAAGCCAGAUUUAUCCCUGAAAUUCGUUCAACAAGUUUUGCCGAAGAAUCAAGAUCAAAAUUUCAUAUAUGGCAUGCUUGCCUUCCCUUUGCUAGAGCUUGGACGGAUGGAUGAAGCUGAGAGAGCUGCUCGAAAAGGCUUGGCUAUAAACAAGAAUGACUUCUGGUCACAGCAUAAUCUGUGCCAUGUUUUUCAGCAGGAAUGUCGCUUCAGAGAAGCUACCGAGUUCAUGGAAUCAUGUUCUCCAUCAUGGGAGGCAUGCACAUCAUUUCUGUUAACCCACAACUGGUGGCAUGUCGCUGUUUGUUACUUAGAAGCUGAAUCCCCUUUGUGUAAAGUUCUGGAGAUAUAUGAUCACAACAUCAUGAAGGAACUUGAGAAAAGUGAUUGUGAGGCAGCUGAGGUGUAUUUGAAUGCUCUAGGGUUGCUGCUCCGAUUAUACAUACGCGGUCAUAUAGAUUCAGCUAAAGAGAGGUUAACGACAUUGCUAGAUGCACUAAAGAAUGAGUCUAUAUGGCAUGCGGAAUGGCUCCUUGACUUGCUUAUAUUGUGGGCACUAGCAAGUAUGAGUGAACUAAAAAGUGCAGAUAAUAUGUUGGAAUCAUUGAAGUCAAGGGUCCGUUCAAUGGACAGGAAUCGGCAGCAAGCGAUGCAGAAGGCAAUCAAGCUGGCGGAGGCUGCUUAUGAAUAUGGGAAAGGAGAUCACAUGAAAGUCUUUGACACUCUGGGUCCAGACUUUGAUGCGCUAGAUUAUAAAAUGAUUGGUGCAUCAGAUGAACAAGUGGAUGUCUUCAAUGAAGUUUGGUACACUGUUCUAAUCAAUGCUGGAGAGACUUCCAAAGCAAUUGAGAUUCUUGGCAAACAAAUUAGGAAACGAGAGGGUGCACCUUUCUUGUGGCGCUUGCUGGUUUUACUCUGGAGUUUGUUAGGCAGGAUUGUUAAGGAUAUACACAUUGUGAUCCUGACAACCAAAGGUGGUCAUGGUGUUAAGCAAGAAUUAGACCAUGUUCAGACUUAA